UAAUUAAAUAUAAAAAUGAUCACAGUAUUAAUUAUUAUUUGUAUAUACGGUUCAUUAGCAUUAGAAGGAAGCGAAGUUCUCAAAAAUCUAGGAGAAAAACAAUACACAUUAUUAACAACUAAAUCAUCUUUACCACAACAUGGAUUAUGUUGGUAUAAUGCACUUAAAUCAAUCAAAAAUAGUUGUGAGACUUUGAAUGAUAAUGAACAUUCUCUCUUAGCUUUAAAAUUAGCUAAUUGUUUUUUGGAGGAUUCUGGUCAUACCUCUUAUGAUUGCCAUCUUAGUAAAUCAGAAGAUAUUCGAAAAGAGUGUAUUAAUCAAAUGUCAGAUAGAGCAUUCAAUGUAUAUAAUGAAUUUUAUACACAUACAACACACAUUUGUUUUUAUUUAAAUUAUGAAGCAUGGCAGGUGGAAACUGACAAUACCAUUAAAUCAUUAUAUAAAGUUUCUUCUCAAAUGAAGGAACAGUUAUUAGAAGCAUCAGAGAUGCAAAGUGCGAUGUUGGAGAGUCAAAAAGAAGGAUUAAAAAUUCAAAAUGAAAUUUUAGAUCAUGGUAAAGAACUUGGAAAUGUAUUAAAAUCUUCAUCUGAAACUGUGAAUGAUAUGGUUAUGGAAUUUAAAGAAUCAGCAAAAGAUCAGAAGGAAUUACUCUAUGAGAUUUUUUCUUAUAUACGUACUUUUCAAAAUUGGAUUAUUGGAGAAGUAUCUUGGUUCCAAUCCAUUAUUUAUUAUACUAUCAGUUGUAUUCUUUGUGCAUUAUUUAGUUCGGCUAAAAGAACUGCAGAUGCUCGUGUUACACUUUUUACAAUUCUUAGUUUAAACAUUACAAUAGAAAGAAUGUUAGUUCAAUAUUACGACAACGUUAUGCAUCAAUCUACACAUGACAAAGUAGAAAUAAUAUAUGUAACUUGGUCAAUAAGAAAAAUAUGUUUAACAUUAUGUGCAGUUACAUUACUAUAUACUUAUUACUAUUAUAAAGAUAAACAAUUAGAAAGUUUUCAUGUUCUUAGACGAAUAGAAAAUCGAUUAAAUAGAAUGCAAAUAAUUACACCUACCAAUGGUAAUCAAAACCAUAAUAAGCCUAUUCAAACAUCUACGGAGGAGAGUCUGCAAUUCAUCCGACAAUCUUUAAAGUCGGAUGAAAUGGAUCACCUCGAAGGUACCCAUUUUGAUAGACUUUUACCACACGUGUUUGUGACACUCGGAGCUUCUGGUGAUUUAGCGAAGAAAAAGAUCUAUCCGACGCUUUGGUGGCUUUUCCGAGACAAUCUUUUACCAAAAACAACGACAUUUUUCGGUUAUGCCAGAAGCAACAUGACUGUUAAACAAUUGCGAGAAAAGUGUCAUCCCUAUAUGAAAGUUAAACCAGAUGAGGAAUAUAAAUACGAGGAAUUUUGGAAAUUGAAUUAUUACGUUAGCGGUUCCUACGAUUCGGAGGAACAUUUUAAGUUGUUGAACAGUGAACUGCAAAAGCAAGAACAAGUCUCGAUGGCCAAUAGACUUUUUUAUUUGGCUUUGCCACCCACCGUUUUUGAAACGGUUACCGUGCACAUUAGGAACGUUUGUAUGGGACAAAAAGGUUGGACAAGAAUUAUCAUAGAAAAACCAUUCGGCCGAGAUGCGCUUUCAUCGAAACGUCUUUCUGAUCAUCUUUCAUCACUUUUCAACGAAGAACAGAUUUAUCGGAUAGAUCAUUAUCUUGGGAAAGAGAUGGUUCAAAAUUUAAUGACUUUGAGAUUUGGAAAUAGGAUAUUUAAUCCAAGUUGGAACAGGGAUAACAUAGCUUCCGUACAGAUAUCGUUUAAGGAACCAUUUGGUACUCAAGGAAGAGGUGGAUAUUUCGAUGAAUUUGGUAUAAUUAGGGAUGUAAUGCAAAAUCAUUUGCUGCAGAUACUCUCACUCGUUGCAAUGGAGAAACCUGCCUCGUGUCAUCCAAAUGAUAUUAGAGAUGAGAAGGUUAAAGUCUUAAGAUGUAUAAAACAAUUAGAAUUGGACAAUGUAGUUUUAGGACAAUACGUGGGAAAUCCAGAAUCGAACAACCCCGAGGCCCAAUCAGGAUAUUUAGAUGAUCCUACGGUACCAAAAGGUUCAAACACUCCAACUUAUGCAUUAGCGAUACUAAAGAUUAAUAAUGAACGAUGGGAUGGCGUACCUUUUAUUCUUCGAUGUGGGAAAGCUCUGAACGAACGUAAGGCCGAAGUUAGAGUUCAAUAUCAAGAUGUACCCGGUGAUAUAUUCGAUGGUAAAACAAAAAGAAACGAAUUGGUUAUAAGAGUACAACCUGGCGAAGCAUUGUACGUUAAAAUGAUGUCAAAAUCACCUGGUAUUACGUUUGAUAUGGAAGAAACGGAAUUAGAUCUCACUUAUGGUAAUAGAUACAAGGAUUUGAAAUUACCUGACGCUUAUGAAAGAUUGAUUUUGGAUGUUUUUUGCGGAUCACAAAUGCAUUUUGUACGUAGCGACGAACUUUACGAAGCGUGGAGAAUUUUUACACCUUUGCUACAUCAAAUUGAAAAUGAGAAAAUACAACCGAUUCCUUAUAAAUAUGGCUCUCGCGGACCAAAAGAAGCCGAUGAUAAAGCAAAACAAAAUAAUUUUGCUUAUUACGGUUCCUACAAAUGGAUAUCUUCAUGAAAUAAUAAAGAAGAUUAAAUUUAUAUCAUUGUGAAACUGAUAAAAAUAUAAAAACCAAUUUAUUCUUAUACAAUCUGCGAUUGUGAGCUAUCAAGAUUUUGUACAAUAAUUAAGAUGGCAUUUCUGUAAUUUUGUACACAUUAUUUAUGAAAUUUUCUACAUUGAUGACAUAUAUAUACAUAUAUUUUGGUAUUACAGAGA